AUGAGAAGCUUGGCUGAGCUCAUUGAACUUUCUCAAGUAGAAAGGGACCGCACCAGACCCGUGUCCGUCAAGGAUAGAUAUCGUCUUUGCUAUAACUUGGCGCUUUCUGCCUAUUGUCUUAGCAGCGCGGCUUGGAGACGACUUCGCUGGUGCAAGCGAAAGACUUUUGACGCAAACGUAUUCCUUCACCAUGACUCGACGACAGGCAUCAUACAUGACCCAACAGAAGCAUAUCUCUCCUGUCCUAUUGAAGCUCCUUUGCCACAGCUUGAGGCGGGUCCAGACUUGAAGUGUGAUUUGAAUCUAUUGGAACUGGGCAAAAUUCUAGUCGAGGUCAGAUUCUGGAGAAAACCAGACGUCUUCAGCGAAGCACAUGGUCGAUCAUGGGAAGAAGGAAUUCGAAGGCAAUUGGGACUACUGAUUACAGACCACCCCGACUUGCUCGACUCCGAAAGUCCCUUUGUCGAUGCCAUCAAAGCGUGUCUUAGUUACGAGGGCAAGGUUGCUGCGAAAAAGAAAACCACUCGCGAAUUUUUGACCUUUUUUGAGGAACACAUUCUGAAGCCACUAUCGAUAUUGUUGCCUGAUUGCCCGGGCGCAGAGGAACCAAAAGAAGAUUAUCUGUCCGACGUCGAGACGCAGCGCGAGCCACUCACAGCGCUGCCACAUAAGAGGGAACCAGGACCAAAGAGUGCAAGAGCAAAGGAGUUCAUGUCAAGAAUGCAAAAGUUUGCAAUCUCGUACGUGAAUCCACUCUCUGUCAAGUCAAGAACGCCAUUGCCAGAGGAUCGAAGCAGAAAGGUUCGUAUAGCGGUCAUCGACAGUGGCAUAUCUUCAAGCGACUCGGAAAUCCGAAUUGCGCUGCGCGACUCAGAUAUUGGACUCGGGCUACGUGACCGUAGAAUCGCAGGGCUGCGCAACUUUUGCGGAACCAGUGUUGAUGAUUGCGAAGACUACCAUGGCCAUGGAACAACGGUUGCCAAGAUAUUGUUGGAAGCCGCCCCCCAGGCGGAAAUUUACAUUGCAAAGGUGACCAACUCGUCGACUGUUUCAGACGAUGAGUUGCACAAUGUACGCAAGGCAAUCAAUUGGGCCGUUCAGGUUUGGGAUGCCGACAUUAUCAAUCUGUCGCUAGCGAUGAGGGUAGAAUCGCGCGACAUUGAUGAAGCGCUGUCGCACGCCUUGCUCCCAGGCUCCAAAAUUAUCUUUGCCGCCGCACACAAUAAUGCCGGCCAUCACGAAGGGCCGUCGUGGCCAGGCAGAAAGCUUGGCAUCAUUGCGAUUCACUGCACCGAUGGCGAUGGCCAGCCGCUGAGCACAAACGCAAGUGUUGGUCGCGAAGACUACUUUGCGACUUUGGGGCUCGACAUACCCAUCAAGGAGCAAUUUGCGACGACCAAGUCGCAGUACGUCUAUGCCUCGGGCGUUUCGUACGCGACGCCCAUUGCGGCCGGCAUCGCGGCCAACAUGCUCGAGAUUCUGCGGCACGAGGCAUCGCAUAGGGUGAAUGACGUCAAGAAGUGGUUUUAUAAUGGUCGAUAUAUGAAGGUGCUCUUUAAAGCAAUAAGCCAGAGAGAUCAUAGGUGUUGCUUUGUCCAACCGUGGACAUUUUGGCACGAGAUUAUCAGUGUCUCUCCGAGGUACAGGGACGUGCAGCUCAGAUCUGGGGACGAGAGAAAUAUUAUACGAGUUUUGGAGUUGCUGGCUGCUUGA